AUGCCCCUGCUAACUCAGAGCCGCCGUAUGAACGCGGAGACAUGCGACCGAUCAAGAGUUCUCUGCUGUACGAGACUAUUUACGAAGUCAAUUCGCUACCGUAGCAAGGAUAUCGGAGAUUACAACUUGGAAUUACUGCAAGAUAAUUCAAGGAGUAUUUCUCACAGAAGUAGCGAGACGAAAUUUUGGCCCUGGAUACGUAAUUCUUGGGCAAUAGAGAACCGCAACCACCAAAAAGUCUAUUUAUAUUCAUCCGAGAGGAUAAGAGAUGCGGGAUCUAAGGAUAUUGUGCUCGAGAACACAAGCGUAGUCUGUUCUGCUGAGAAGAGAGAAUUCGCUACAGUCCGAUCGUUUCAGACGUCUAGCAACCGAAACAUUAACGUGGACUUGCUAAGAGGAGUCUUUGGGUGCACAUCACAUAUGAGAUGGAGUGAUCAGCCAUCUUACGAACGACUCAAUCAGCGACUUGAAGAGAUCAGAGAAGGGAACCAACCAGACAACAAACCGCUCAUCCUAGAUACAGAAUACACCACAACUGGUCUGCAGCUAAUGGAGUUCUUCAUCGAUUUAGACUCUAUAGACUUGCUUAUCAACACUCUUGCUGAGCACUCGCAAAGCGGCUUUGUGGAAAAGGGUGAAUACAAGGAUCGUUUGCCCAGCGACGACAACUGCAUUCCCUUUGUGCCGCUCUUCCGUCAGUAUUUCCCGAACCUAGAGCCAGAGAAACAGUUUCAUCGAAGACUUGCCCAUAAAACUCUCGUCCGGCUGCCCCGUGGACACCAAUUUCUUCGCUUCCAAGUUCAACAUCGACGUUUCGUCAUCCUAGUUGGUGGUUUUGGAAGGUCUCUUUAUUUGCAUCAACGCCUUCAGGAUGCCGUCGGCCACAGAAUAGACGUUCUUCAACAGGACGGUGAAAAGCCCUGGACUGCUGUGCUUCGAGGAGCUGUCCUACAUGGACUGGCGAGAACCAAUCAUCCCAGUUCAAUCCAAGUCACGGUCGCCUUACGUGUGUCCCCUCACAAUUACGGGACCCUCGUGAACAUCUUGCCCUUUGACGCCAAAGAGCAUGACACCAAGGACCGGGUUUGGGAUGAAGGCCAGCGGGAGUUCCUUGCUGUCGAACAGACACGGUGGUUUGUUGAGAUCGGCUCCUCUGUAUCUACAUAUGACCCCGUUUGUGCAUCCUUCUGGCAGGACCUUACGAGCCCCGACGAUGAUCUCCAAAUCGACAUCGUUGCCUCAGACGCUUCUACUCCCCCGACCCGCAAGGACGAUUCAGUCAAACCCAUGUGUAUCAUCAAGGCGUCCGAACUUCCCAGAUGGGAUACGAUACCAGUGUGGACCAACGAAGCCGGCCAGGUGUUCCACCGAAUCACUUACGAACUGCGCAUGAUCAGCGAUGGGUCCUCCUUGGACUUUCAGGUCUUCUACAAGAACAAGAGCAUUGCUUCUGGAAGUGUCGUUUUCGACACUACCAGUCAGAACGAUACUGAUGACGAGGACGACGAACAGAUGGGCUCUCCUCAACCAUUGAACAAAAAUAGCAACAGCAACCAUGGUAACAACAUCAUUGAUAUGACCGACACCGAUAGCGACAGCGACUACGUUGAGGCCGAGGAAUGA